AAGGGGCGGAGUGGGUUGGGGCGGUAGUUUAAUUACGUCCCGGGGCAUUGCGACGGCUGGGACUCUGGCACUGGGGCGUAUGCUUAAAAAAGGAAAAAAAGGUCACUGCCGUGGAGUGGGGCCGGUGCAGAGCGAGGUGAAUGCGCCGAUUUGAAACCCAAGGACUGUGAGCGUUGCGUCUUCCCAGCCCAGCGCUCCUGCGGCCGGCAGUCGCCUCGGGGGCCCGCGGAGAACAUGGCGGCGCCCGGAGCCCGCGGCUGCAGCCUCUCGGGCCUGCUGCCGGCGCAGACCUCGCUGGAGUACGCCCUGCUCGACGCCGUCACCCAGCAGGAGAAGGACAGCCUGGUCUACCAGUACGUGCAGAAGGUGGACGGCUGGGAGCAGGACUUGUUGGCGCCCGAGUUUCCGGAAGGAUUAGAGUGGCUGAACACAGAAGAGCCUAUUUCCAUUUAUAAGGAUCUAUGUGGAAAAGUCGUCGUCCUUGAUUUCUUCACCUACUGCUGCAUCAACUGUCUUCACCUAUUGCCCGAUCUCCAUGCGUUAGAACACGCAUACUCUGAUAAAGAUGGUCUUCUGAUUGUUGGUGUUCACUCAGCCAAGUUUCCAAAUGAAAAAGUCCUGGACAACAUUAAGAGUGCUGUUCUUCGAUACAAUGUCACCCAUCCUGUGGUUAAUGACGCAGAUGCCAGCCUAUGGCAGGAACUAGAAGUUUCCUGCUGGCCAACUCUGGUCAUACUUGGACCCCGUGGAAACAUGUUAUUUUCUUUGAUUGGCGAGGGACACAAAGAUAAAUUAUUUUUGUAUACUUCAAUAGCUUUAAAGUAUUACCAAGACAGGGGACAGAUCAAAGACAGUAAAAUUGGCAUAAAACUGUAUAAAGAUUCUUUGCCACCUUCACCAUUGCUGUUUCCUGGCAAAAUAACAAUAGACCAUGUUACUAAAAGAUUGGUAAUAGCAGACACUGGACAUCACAGAAUUUUGGUCGUUUGGAAAAAUGGACAAAUUCAAUAUAGCAUUGGAGGACCCAACCCUGGAAGAAAAGAUGGAGUAUUUUCUGAGUCAACUUUUAAUUCUCCACAGGGUGUAGCCAUAAAGAAUAAUAUCAUAUAUGUGGCAGAUACUGAAAACCACCUUAUAAGAAAGAUUGACUUAGAAGCUGAGAAGGUGAGCACUGUGGCUGGCCUUGGAAUUCAAGGUACAGAUACGGAAGGUGGAGCACAAGGAGAUCAACAACCCAUUAGUUCCCCGUGGGAUGUAAUUUUUGGAACAUCAGAUUCAGAGGUCCAAAGAGAUGACAUUCUGUGGAUUGCCAUGGCAGGGACUCAUCAAAUAUGGGCACUCCUGCUGGACUCUGCCAAACUGCCAAAGAAAACUGAGUUAAAAAAAGGAACCUGCCUUCGCUUUGCUGGCAGUGGAAAUGAAGAGAACCGGAACAAUGCCUAUCCGCACAAGGCGGGCUUUGCCCAGCCCUCGGGCCUGUCCCUGGCCUCUGAGGAUCCCUGGAGCUGCCUAUUUGUGGCAGAUAGUGAAAGCAGUACAGUGAGAACAGUCUCGCUAAAAGAUGGAGCCGUGAAGCACCUCGUGGGAGGAGAACGAGAUCCCAUGAAUUUAUUUGCUUUUGGUGAUGUUGAUGGAGUAGGAAUGAGUGCAAAGCUUCAGCACCCCCUCGGAGUAACGUGGGACAAGAAAAGGAAUUCACUGUAUGUGGCGGACUCCUACAAUCACAAGAUUAAAGUUGUGGAUCCAAAAACAAAAAACUGCAUGACAUUAGCGGGAACUGGAGACACAAAUAAUGUUAUUGGUUCCAGUUUUGCUGAGUCAACUUUUAAUGAACCUGGAGGCUUGUGUAUUGCAGAGAAUGGUCAGUUGUUGUAUGUAGCAGACACCAAUAAUCAUCAGAUUAAAGUAAUGGAUUUAGAGACAAAAAUGAUUUCUGUGCUCCCCAUCUUCACAUCUGAAAACGCUGUGGUAGAUGGCCCAUUCCAAGCAGAAAGACAGAGGACAUUACCCAAACUGCCUAAAUCUGCUCCCAACAUUGGGCUUUCCCCCAUGACUGCGUGUCCCGGCCAGACUCUUCGGUUCAAACUGAGAUUAGAGCUCCCGUCGGGAACAAAGCUAACUGAAGGAGUACCCAGCUGCUGGUUUCUAUCAGCUGACGGCAAUGAAUGGCUUCUUCAAGGGCAGAUACCAUCUGGAGACAUAGAGAACAUUUCUAAUCAGCCGACGAUUUCACUUCAGAUUCCUGGUGAUUGCUUGUCCCUUGAAGCCAUUGUGUCUAUCAGUGUGUUUCUUUACUACUGUAGUGCAGAUAGCAGUGCCUGCAUGAUGAAGGCAAUUUUGUUCAGCCAGCCUUUGCAGAUAACUGCCACACAGCAAGGUCACGUGGCGCCGGUAGAGCUCAGGUAUGUGUUCUAGCAGGCUGGCUAGCAACCCAUCACCACAGCCCCACCCUCAUCCUCACCAUCAUUGUAACUUCAGAAGAAACUAUUCCUGACUCUGGGUACCAAGACACCAUUACACAGUUCAGGCAACUGAUGUUAAAAUAAAGCUAUGCUCCUUACUUGCUUUUGUAUUAUAGACAAAUGCCUUUGUUCUGGCUACAUUCUAGCCAAGUCACCGAUCAUUUGAACCAUGUCAUUGCAUUCUAUACUGUCAUUUGGCACAAGACUGAAGUCCACACUGUAGGAGACAAUACUAUCAUCAGAUAAUUGGCAGUGAAUACUACUACUAAUAAUAAUACCAGAUAUUUUAACUAACUUUUUCUACCUUUAACAUUAGUCAGCACACUUGAAUGUGUCAAUUUCACAAUACUUUAGACAGAACUUAAGCUCCAGUUCACGGUUAUAUAAGGACACCUGCCAUUCUGUUGUAAGCCCAAAAAAAGGCUUUUCACCACAGUAGAAGCUCAAAGAGUACGUGUGUGGUAAAUAUGAUCUUUAUUCUCUUCUAUGAUUUUCUCCAUUAAGAUAUGUUAAAGAGAGUUUUUAUCUAUUUUUAUCAUAAAUUAUUUGUUUUAACAUAUUGUGAUUAAUGCCUUAUAACUUUUAUAAACUCAUUACUUUAAGUUUGUUUUUGAAUGAACACAUGCUUACCAGAUAAUGAAUGAGUCCUCAGAAAUAUUAGGACUUUCAAGGAAAAACGGACUUAGGGACACAUUACUGUCUGUGAUAAAGAAUCUAUUGUGACAGCUGAAUCUGAUGUAAAUGGGUUAUGUAUGUUGUUUUGGAAAUUUAGGUUUCACUUGUAAGCAUCAAAUGCAGAUUUAUUGGGUUUGAGUUUGGGUUAGCGUUUUUUUGUUUUUAUGUUGUUGUUUGGUUCCAUAUUCAGAAUUUAAAUUAUUAUCAUGUAUUGUGAUGUUUUACAAUUCACUUUUGAGCCUUCAAAGUGAAAUUUGCAAGGUGAAGUACUUUCAUGCUGUUAAUAGAUAUAGUAUAUACUAAUAUAUUACCUCCUAAAAUAUUAAGGCUGAAACAGUGAUUUGAUGGUACUGUUUUUUGAUUUUGGGGUUUUUUAACCCCAAGAGACGAUAAGUGGAAAGUUUUUUUAUUAUCAAAAUUUAUCUUUAUAACUCUUUAAAAGCCUAAUUCUGUUUUUCCUAAAACUGAUUCAAUAUAUUUGUGAUUUAAUUAGCUUAUAAUAUUUUUAAAAGAGCAGAUGAACCAUGUUUAUUUAUUCAGUAAAUCUUUAUAGACAAUAUGGCAUAAUAUGCUUUCCUCUCCCUCAGAAUCAAUGCUAAAUUUAAAGUAUCUGCCCAUUUCUUUACUUUUUUUUGAAAUAUAGUUUUGAAACAUAGUUUGUUCUAUUCAUGAUAUUAACUAAACCUCUGAAGUAAGACAAUGUUAGAAAUCAUGACUUUAAUUAGUAACCUGCUAAAAGCUGUUUUUUAAGAGAAGUAUAAAUGUAAAAUUAAAAGGAAUCCUGUUUGAAAUUAUAUAUAAUUACCUCAUAGCCUUUUCAUAGCCAUAAGGAUAUAUGACAUUUAUAUUCUCUUUUUAUAGAGAACAGGCUUUAGUUAUUUUUUAAUCUCAUUUUACUUACUGUAUUUCUCAUUUCUUAGUCGGAGAGGAUGAGAAUACUUUGGCUCAAAAAUUUUCUAUUUAAGGACAUAAGCAGUUUCACUCUCCAAAAGAGGUAUAUAUAGUUUUAGCUUGCUAAUUUAGAAAUACCUGGUAACUUAAUUUGCAGGGUAACAAAUACACAAACACACACUCAGUAUACAUUAUAUAUUUUCAUGUAAAUUGAAAAUGCAAAAAUAUUUUUUAGAAUCCAUUAAUUCUUUUUUGUCUGGACAGAAUUUUAGGUUAAUCUUAAGUUUAUCCUUUUCUUAACUUUCAAAGUGUAGUUUUUUUGAACAUUCUUAUCCUUACUAUCAGUCUACCUUGGUUUUUACAUUAUAAAUAUUACUUACAGUGAAUUAGUGUGAUUUUAAGUAAAUUAUACUUAAGCAAUAUAAAUAGGAUCGUGGGAUUUCUGGCUAACUGAAACCUUACAGAAGAAGAAGCACUAGGAAGUUUUACCUUUUCGGUCCAUGUCUGCCUUCUUUUUCCUAUAAGGAUUUCUGCGUAUUUUUAACUUGUCCCUUUUUUUGUCACAUAAAUUAUUAAGUCUGGUCAUAGUUUAACAAGUGAUAUUUGUGGCGUCACACACACUUUGUCACAGUACCUGGGCUCCGUGCCCGGCCGUGUUCUGCUGGUUUCUCCCUGUUCUGUCUUCUCCUCUUGGUGAGACCAUUUCAGAAAUGAGAGAAUUUUUUUCUGAAUUCAUGCUGAAGAUUGAUAAUACCUAUAAAGAAUUUUGUCUAACUUGAAUAUUCUUUUCACAAAUAUUUAACUUGUUUAUAUAAGGCAAAAUCUUACAAUUGAAUCACUCAUACGUCUUAACUUUGGCAGAGAAAACAAUUUUCUCCUUUAACUGUUCUGAUAGGAUUACUGUUAUUAAUAUUACAUUACCAUGCCUUCAAAAAGCUAUAAAUCUUAACACAGCCAAAAAAAGUUUAAUUCUUAUGCAAGAGUAGUAUGUGUGUCUGUGUUUAUACAUGUUCGUAUAUCCAUACACACAUACAAAGAGCAAUUCAAGAAUGGCCAGUAUACUUCAGAACUAAUACCACUGAGAUAAGUUAUUCUUUGUUUGUUUUACGGUAGUUGGGAAAUUUGGGAAGAUAUUAAAAAUACAUAUCUCUAUAAUACAAUAAUUUUCUUUUCUACCUUCACAAAAUUCACUGUUAAUUGAUAUCUGCCAAUUAAAAAGACUUGAGUCCAGCCAUUAAUGUGUGUUCAGCAUCAUGUUUAAGAACAAUCUUGAAAACCUAACUAAAUUCUGUAGUUCACAAUUUCAUAAAAAUAUAUGCAAAGGGGAACACAUCAGUAAUGGUUCUCCUGAAUCAUGGAAUUGUGGAUAUUUUAGUUUUAACUUUCUUUAUUUAUUUUAGUGAACAACGUGUUAUUUUGAAAAUCAGAAAAAAAGCUAAAGUUGUUUAAAGAUUUAAAGUUAACUGAAUUAUAAGCACUUACAUAGUAACUUUUUUAAAGUCAAUUUUAUUACCAAAGAUCAGAACACAGCGAGGAGUCCUUUGAUCUACCAGGGUUCUUAAGUGUGGGAUUUCGUGAAGAUAGAAAUGAUUAUGGCUUUUUCUUCUUGUGUUUAUCUUGUGUAACAUAGUGUAGUGGUUAUGAGAAGGUACUUUUUGGUAACUUCCAUCUCAUUCUACAAAAUGGGGCUAAUUUACUUGUUUCAUAGGAUUUCUGUUAAGUUCAAUGAAAUAUUGUUCAUAACGUUCAUUAGUACUUAAUGAAACUGGUAAUUAUUGACUUAGUUAUCUAAUGAUAAUUAUGCCCAUAGACACACAUGACACACAUGAGAUGACAUUUUCUUUGUAACUGUAAUUUCUAAAGGAAAAUAUUUCUCCUCACAACUAUUUGUUAAUACUCUCCGUAGCAUUAGGGUUCAAGAAGAGAAACAGCUUUAUAAUGAAGCAUAUUACUAUUUUAUAAACAAUAUUGCAGUUAUAAAAAGCGUAGUAUAGUUUCAUUAAAAUUUUAAAAAGACCUUUUGGAACUGGAAGUAAUAAACUUGCUUUGAAAGGGUCCAGACACACGCAGCCUGAACCACAUUCCUACAUGUGCCCAGCAACUGGCACAGAAUACUUAUAUCUUAACCAAAAAGUUUUCAUUCUGGUGGUGCUUUACAAAGUCUUCAAAGUGCUUUCAUGUACACUGCCUCACUUGAGCUUCAAAGUAACUUUAUAAACAAAACAGGUAGUUGUUAUGUCCAUUUUAGAGAUGAGGAGACAGCUUUGGAAUAUUGGUGACCCCUGAAGAUGCGGAAAGCUCCCAGAAUAACGUCCAGUGCCUGGUGCCAGCAAAUGCUCAAUUCUGCCAAGUGAAUCAAGGGCAAAGAGUGGAUCUUUAAUUCAGGCACAGAUCUCCUGAUGCCUAACGCUACUCCAAGAUAUAGGAGAGGGGGCACAAAUUGCUAAAUUAAGAGUACUUACUUAUUUUAUGCUUUCAAGUCAAGUAAUUAAGAAUCAUAGCUAAAUGUUUUGAGUUCUUAGUAUUUGCCUGCACUGUUCUAAGUGCUUUCCAUGUAUUAGCUGAUUUAAUCUCCACAGUAACCUUAUGAGAGAGAUUACUUUUCCUUAUUUGACUGAUGAGGAAACCAAGACACGGGUUAAGCAGUUAUACCAAUAUAGUCAAGAGUGCUUCUUGAGAAGCAACAGAGCCUGGGUGGGAGUCUGCUCAACUCCUGCUGCCUCUCAAAAUGUACUCUCAAAGUACAUUUUUUAUAAACAUAAGUAUUUCAUAACUUUACAUAGAAACUUAAUCCACAGGCCCCAUAAAGUGCUAGCAAUGAUUGUUUUUGAUAUUUAAAUAAAUCCAUUUAAUUAGAUGAUUUUAAUUGUUGUUUCUCAAAAGAUUUUAUGUACCACUCUUUCUUGAUUUCAGCUAUUAUAAAGAGUUUUUCUUGGCAGAUGGAUGUAUUAAAGAAAUAGCUCUCCAGGGUAAGUUCCGACAGUGCUUUGGUUUUCAAAAGAUAAUGAAGACCUUGUCAUAAAGAGUAACUGAAAUUUUAGCACAGGCCUGUCUCAGACCCUAAGACUCUUACUCGUAUUUAACAAAAUUUUGUUUAUCAGCCAAAAUGAGCUCUAGCAAUAUAGUCUUCUACUUUCUUGUUUCCUAAAUAAAAAUGGUUUAUAGAUCUCACCUAAAUAACUCAAAUAUGCAAUUCUGUUACAGUAAAGUACCAUGGUCCACCCAUUAUUCCAGCAGUAGGUAUUACACAUGUUAAAACGAAUACAGCAAAAUGUGCACACGGAUGAUUGCGAUUCAUGAUCACCCAGGUGCAGAAUGCAAACAUCUUUUCAUUGUUAAAUAGUUUGUAAAUUAAAUCACUUUAUGCUGCGGUAAGUAAUUUGUUGAUUUUUGUCAUAAAAUAUCCUUCCUGAAGUCCAUAAGGAAAUGUGUAUCAACUUAAGAAAGUGAAAGUAGAGUCAUACUAAGUGAAAUUCACUGUUAAUCACCAAAACUGCCUUUUCUUCCUCCUGUGGCACACAGCUUAUCUAAAUGAAGAGUUACCAUUAACCCUAAGUCACUAUUUUGUCCUUAAUAGUUAAGACACUUCUUUUACUUCUUUGCGUUAGGGUAAUAGAAAGGAUAAUAUUAAAAAUUAGAGGCUUGACCAAUCCGCCUGUAUGUAUUCCAUCACUAACAGGCCUUAACCCUUUCACGCAGUAGGGCUGCAGGUUAGACUGGCUGUCUCUGGCUUUCAGAUGGCUGAUCUGAUCCCAUGAGCCUGGAUAAAGUGGAAUAGGAGGCAGCCCCCCUCAGCUUUUCUGACUGGACCCCUUUCAUUUCUUAGUGUGCUGGUUUAGUUUAAUUAUUUUCAAAGGUUGGAAAUGGAAAGUGAAAACCUCAGGUGCUUGUUGUGGAAUGUGCACCUGAUUAUAGUUAUUCAUUGUUUGGUGUGUCUCUCCACUGGCCUGUCCCUCCUAAGUGUACCAAAGGGCAUUGUGUUCUGUUGAAAGCCACAGGACCAAAAGCAAAGUAUCACAAGCAUUUUCAAAUAUACUUCCCAUGCCCCAUGAUUAUAUCAAUGUACACAGCUAUGAUUUAAUAAAAAAAAAAAAAAAAAAUACAUACUUCCCUACCUGCACGAAGGCACUAAGCAAGUACAAAUGAGCUCUAACUAAAUAACCUUAUCCCAAAAAGCGUUGUAACUGUCAGGGCAUGGUGUGAAUUCCUUUCCCUUUAAGCAGCAGCUUAAGGGCCUGUUGGGUCUAAGCAAUGCAGAAUUAAGCAAAAUUGUCAGAUAUUUUUUAAUGUUGAAAAGUUAAAAUUGUGAAUAAUAUGGACAAACAUAAUCUACCACCUUUUGUUUUUUAAAUUACACAUUUCCGUUUGAAAGGUGAAAAGAAACUGCAAAAACUGAUGCUAAGAAGUAGAGAAGAAAGUCAGCUCUCAGAUUAAAAUAUGCACAGUACUUACAUAGGAAUAAUUAUCUAGUGUGUGCUAAGCUUAUGAGAAAAAUAUAUUGACAUAAAUAGGAAAAAACAUUACUUGAUAAAUUAUGCUAAUGAAGGGUAAAAAUAGACGUGUUCCUUUCUGAAAAUUUAGAAGGACUCUGCCUUGCAACUGUUUCCUGUUUUUAAUAUUUGUAGUCAUUAUUCUUAGUCCCACCAGAACCACAUUCAUUGUUGGAGUGUGUAUAGAACGGCUGCCUUUGUCUUUCUUACACUUUGCAACACCUAGCAAGUUUUCAUCUAUCGAGUUGAAAUGUGUUGUUCAUGCACGCCUUGAUAUCGUCAUCAGUAUAUGCCUUCAAAAAAUAAAUUACCCCUUCUCUACACCUUAGGCUUCCCUCUCAGUAACAACAGGAGUAGUUUCUACUAACGUUUCAGUGAGGAACUAUGGUUACACAAAUAAUAGAUACACAGAAAAAUUAGUUAUGGUGGGAUUUUAUCCUAGAAUUUUAAAAUUUCAGAGGAAGGGAAUAACACCUAUGUGAAUUUCAACCGAUUUGUCUCCACUCGGAGGUAUACCUUUCUAACUGUAUUUUACAUAGGCUAAUAUUUGUUAAAAGUUGGAAUUCUCACUUUUGCACUGAGAGCCAGUUUAAAAAUGUAAUUGCUGUCAUUUCUUUACAUGUGCGUUAUGAACAAAUCAACGUUUGCCGUGUGAUUGGGAUCUAUAUCAUUCAUCACUGUUUCAAAUUGUAACAUUUCAUAAGUUGGUCAAAUUUUAGACACUCAGACACUUUCCUAUCUUUUGUAUGGAUAAAGUCUUCAGUUUUAUUUCUGAGAUUAGAGCUAGUCCGGUGUGCUGACUUCAUGUCUGUUGUUCCAAAGAUUUGAUUAUAUUUGCUUUUUUCUCUAUGGUUAAAAAUACAGUGAAAAUUCAAGUUCAUUCAUUGGUUUUUCUAGACAUGGUUUGGUUCUCAAAGAAUUCACUAGGUGUGCAUUUCUUAAGUAUUUCGUGUAGACAAAUUAAUAUAUUUUUAUACAACGUAUGCCUUCAUUUGUUUUGAGACUGUAUUCUUCAAUGACUUUUUUAAGUGGGUUGUUAACCGUAGACUGUAAUAAGAAUGCAGUGGCCUUUACUAACUCAAAGAAGUGUAAUACGAAUCAUCUUGGCAAGUGAGAGUGUGCUUAUCAUGCUGCACACGGAGGGUUAAUGCCUCUUUCCUAAAGCUUUGUACAUUUUUUUCAUGAAAUAGAUUAAAUAUUUUCUCUCUAAUGCCAUUGUCUGUUCUUAAUAUGCUUUCUGUUUUAAUUAUAUCAUGAGAUAAUUUUAUUACUCAGAAACCUGUGCACUAUGAUUUAUUUGCGAUUUGGGGGAAAUGAGAAAUAUAAUAUUUACUUUAAAAUUUUGUAAGCAAAUACCUCAAAAUCAAAUAAUGUAAUCUUAAUUCCUAUAUAGAGUUUUAGAAAAUGUAUUCAGUAAGUGGUAUUGGGAACAUUUAAAAAGAACAACAAAAAUUAGAUCUCUACCUUGACACUACACAGGCCAAAUUUGAAUUAAUGACUCGUUAUAAAAAUAAAGUCACAAAUGUUCCAGACGAAGAUACGGAAAAUAUCUAUAGUUCUGGGGGUGAGGAUGGCAUUCCUAAAAAUGACCUAAACCCAAAGCAGUGAUUAUAAAGAUUGAUGUGUAUGACUACAUAAAAAGUUUAAGCAUCUGUAUAAUAAAAGAGAAGAGUUGUAAGGAUUUAUGAAACUAAAAAUAUUUUCAAAACGUAAAAUGGAUAUGGGAUUAAUGAGUAUCGUAUGUGAAGAGCUCCUAUAAACUUAGUAAGAGGAUGAUAUCCUGGUUGGAAAAUUGGCAAAGAAUAUGAGAAUGUAAUUCAGGGAAGAGAUAACGUGAAGAUCUUAUACAACAAAUCAAGAUGCUUCAAGUCAGUUUUUCGAUCAUUAAUUUUUAAUGAAACUAAAAUGAAAAAUUUUUCACAUUAAUGAGUGGUGUAUUUCCUUUUGCUGUGCAUCACAACACGUGAAGUUGACUUGUAAUUGACUUUUAAUUUAUCUUUUUUAGUUUGAAAACAUCUUCAUAACCUUUAAACAAUGCUUAUAUUUUCUGUCGUGAGAUACAUACACAUUAUAUAUGCUAAACGUGUAUAGUUUAUACAUAGCUUUUAUGUAUAAUUUGUGAGUUUGGGGUUUCCCUGUGUGACCCCAAAGUUACAAUUCUAGUCAAUCUUAGGGUACAAUUUUAGUAAGUGGUAACCUUUAAUCAAACUUUGGGAAUUCUGAUUAAAAACAUGUUAAGCAUGUUGCUAAUUAUCAUUGUAUAAUGUGUCUGCUGUUAUUAAUACUUCCCGUUAUUGAAAAAGUCACUCAAUUUCCAUUCAAAGAGUGAGAGAGGGCCCUAAGCAGGGCUAAGUUCUAUAAUCUUACCAACACCUGAGAAGAAUUCGUUUUCCCUAAUAUGUUUAAGAUUUUAAUUUGAGGGCGGCGCCUGUGGCUCAGUUGGUGAGGCACCGGCCGCAUAUACCGAGGGUGGCAGGUUCAAACCCGGCCCCGGUCAAACUGCAACAAAAAAAUAGCCGGGCGUUGUGGCGGGCGCCUGUAUUCCCAGCUACUCGGGAGGCUGAGGCAGGAGAAUCGCUUAAGCCCAGGAGUUGGAGGUUGCUGUGAGCUGUGUGAGGCCACGGCACUCUACGGAGGGCCAUAAAGUGAGACUCUGUCUCUACAAAAAAAAAAAAAAAAGUUAAAAA